GAAAUUUAAUAAUUUUUAAUUUAAUAAAAUAAUGAACGCAGUGUUAUCAAAGCUUGAUCCAUUCAUUACAAAAUUUGGACUUGAUAAUUCAGAUCAGAUUGAAAUACUCAAAGGACCAUGCAGUAAAAUCGGAGUUAGACCUGCUUAUGUGGUUUUUAUUUUUGGUUCUGUUGCACUUUUCAGCAUUUUGUUUGGAAUUGCAGCACGUUUUCUCUCCACAUUCAUUUCCAUCCUUUAUCCAGCCUACAGAAGUAUUUAAGCCAUAGAGUCAACAGGUAUGUUAUUCCCCCUUAAUGUAGGUGAAUCUGAUGACAAAUAAUGGUUGACCUACUGGAUUCUAUUUUCAAUCAUCACUUUGACAGAUGCCACCAUUGGAUUUGCAUUAGAAUUCAUUCCCUUCUACCACAUCUUGAAGUUGGCACUAUUUGUUGCUUUAUUCCAUCCACAAGUUAAAGGAGCUGAGAAAUUGUAUGACAAGGUAAUGUUUUAUGGUGAUAAUGUUUUUAGUUUGUACAUCCCCUUUAUUUACAGUAUCACGAGAAAAUCGAUAAAGGUUUCCAAAAGGUUUAAGAGAGAGUUAAGUAACAAGUCAAUGACAAAUUUUAAAAUUGAUAUUGUAUGACCACG